AUGGUGCUGGCGAGAAUGAUGUUCUUAACCAGUGUCUGGGGUAAGUGCGCCCCUGCUGAAUUGGUCGAAAAUGAUAUAGUGCGCGUAUAUAAUAUUGAAACCGAUGUGACUGUCGAUUAUUUGGAAGCGCAUUUAUUGAAAUAUUGUAGAAACUACGAGAUAAUUGCUGUUAUCCCACCCUCACCCUGGUCCGAACCAUCACUAUCAUGCUACAAACUAAUUAUAGGCGGUAGCGCUAGUGAUUUCAUUAGACAUCAUAAACACCUACCAGAAAUGCCAAAUUCCUUCCUAAUUGAGGGAAAGUCAUAUGAUAUUGAAUACCAUUUCCCCCAAUCAUUUAUGCACCAUGACUACUAUAAUCAAUAUGACACUAAACAAAAUAAUAGGCCUCCAGGCUGGCGCAAUAAUGUGCCUCUUGUUGACAUGCCACAAUGCUUGAAGCAGAAAUAUUGUAUCAAUGUCACAAACAAACCUCCGCAAUGGGAUUCGGUGGAACUUAAAAAUACAAUUGAAGCUCAUUUUGUAAACAAGGGAAUUUGGAUACAUAUAUACACAGUACAAUCUAGCUCUUCCUAUCCCAGUUCUGCAGUUAUUGUUUGUACCACACUCAGAACCAAGGCUUUGCUACUGGAUUACAAUCCACUCUUCAUAGACCCUAGAGUUUCCCUUGAGUUGAAAUCAUUUUGA